AUGGCAUCUUCUUCUAAUAACAUUGAAGAAAAGAUGGAUGAGUAUUUUGAUCAAACACUCAACAAUUAUUUUGAUCAAGCAAUCCAGAAUCGUUUUGAUCAAGCAAUGAAUCCGUUGGAACCUGAGAAGAAGAAACGAGUCCACAUUGAAAGAAAACGUGAAGAGGGUCACCAACGCUUAUGGGAUGACUAUUUCCGUGAAGAUGCAACAUAUCCUCCUCAAAUCUUUCGUCGCCGUUUUAGAAUGAACAAACCCUUGUUCAUGCGUAUUGUCGAACGACUCUCAACAGAAGUUCCAUACUUUGAACAAAGAAGAAAUGGUCACGGAAGGCUAGGUCUCUCUGCAAUACAAAAGUGUACAGCAGCAAUUCGUAUGAUGGCGUAUGGUUCUGCAGCGGAUGCGUUUGACGAAUACCUCCGUCUUGCUGAAAGCACUGCUAUGUUAUGUUUGGAAAAGUUUGUUGAAAGAAUAGUUCAUUUAUUUGGAGAUGAGUAUCUACGCAGUCCCACACCAGAAGAUCUUCAGCGACUACUCGAUAAUGGAGAGCCAACAAUUGUUUUAGAUGCUGUAGCUUCACAAGACCUCUGGAUAUGGCUUGCAUUUUUUGGAGCUCCAGGUGUAGCUCCCAAAGUAAAAUACUUUGUCAACGGACGACAAUAUCGUAUGGCUUACUAUCUCACCGAUGGUAUUUAUCCAAAAUGGGCUACUUUUGUCAAAUCAAUUUCAAUGCCACAAGAUCCGAAAGCAUCGUUAUUUGCUACGUACCAAGAAGCUGUACGUAAAGAUGUCGAACGUGCUUUUGGAGUCUUGCAAGCUCGAUUUGCCAUAGUCAAAAACCCAGCUCUUAUGUUGGAUAAGGUAAAAAUUGGAAACAUAAUGAGAGCAUGUAUCAUAUUGCACAACAUGAUUGUAGAAGAUGAACGUGAUGGGUAUACUCAGUAUGAUGAGGCCACAUUUGCACAAGUAGAAUCAAACCGAACUUCGGAAGUGGAUUUCACGUAUUCUACAGACAUCCCUUCAAAUCUCAGAAAUAUGAUGGGCGAUACGAUAACCAUUCGAAAUGAAGUUCGUGACAAGAAAAUACAUGACCGACUGCAAGCGGAUUUGGUUGAGCAUAUGUGGGAAAAGUUUGGCACAAAUCAAUAUUAA